AUGAACUCAAUGCCACAAGACUUGGAGAACUGUUUCACAGGGAGCCAGAGCUCUCAGGCUUCUUUGCAUGACGUCCAUUCCAUCAACUCUACACAUUUCAUGGCCAGAAUUGAGUCCCAUGAAGGAAGGAAGAAAGGUAUAUUAGAUGCCAGGAGGAAUUUCUUUGUCACAGUUGACCUCUUAUUUGUAACAUUCUGUGAAUAACAGUUAAAUGUGAAUGGAGGCAUUGAGACUACAUUAGAGAAGAAGGUGGUGCAGUACGAUGUCUUCAUACACACACAUACAUGUACAUAUUCAUAUUUUGCUGUCAUUUUACUAUACAUUUUUUGAUUCAAAGUGUUAAUACUUGUUAAUGCUGUAGACAGGCUGCACCAUUGGUGGGUAAUAGAGUAGAUCUCUCAAGGGGCUUUUGCUAUUCAUUUUAUCCUUGUCUGGAUCCUGACGUGGUUCCCGGAUUUCCAAGUGUUACCUCACUUGGAAGAGGCAGAAGAAGAAAGACUCCUGAUAGUUCAGGAUGCUUCAGAGAGGGUGGCACUUAUACCUGGUGGUCUUUCUGAUGGUUAGUUUUAUUCUCCUCCUGAAUCAGAAGCAGGAUCUGAAGAAGCUGAAGAAGAGCAGGACAGUGAAAAACCACUUUUAGAUACUAUGAGUACUACAUUUGUCAAAGUAAGUCUUUGAAAAUGAAACUCUAAUAACAAAGGACUGAAAUAGGGAGCAUUCCUUUGAAUGGAUUCAAGUAAAAUUCAAACACUGCAUGUGUGGAUAUGUUGCCAGGUUUGUCC